UCGUUCGACACUUGUUUGAUGUGGAAAGUCCUGAAUGGUUUUUGGAGUGGAGCGCAGUUAUUGGGGAGGGUGGGACUCCGGCAAGUGCGCUUUAUCCUUCCUCUCCAAAGACAAGCCAGGUACACACAGCAACUGUCAGCUCACCGCAAUCAGCCUUCAGCUUAACAACGAAAGAACGGCUUCCAUUGCUGCAGUUGUUCCAGCUCUGGUUCGUAGAAUGAGUUACUACUUGGAUCCAGUUUCCUCCUGUCAAGCUCUUCAACCACCUGACUGUCUGGGUGUAAUGAGGCCAAGUGGUGGUAUGACAGGUACUAUGGUACCACAGAUGCAACCUCCUGCGGUGUGCCACCCACAAAACCCAGCCCCAGCCAGACCUCUGUACGCCCACCACAUCACCCUGCAAGAGGUGCCCAAUGGACCAGAGUGCAGCCCUAAUGAUCUGGAGUGUGCAGAUGUUCCUUUACUAACUCCAGGAAGCAAAGAGAUGAUGUCACAGGCUUUACUGGCCACGUUCAGUGGCUUUACCAGGGAGCAACAGCGACUCUCCAUCCCUAAAGACCCCCGGGAAUGGACAGAUGCCCAUGUGAGAGAAUGGUUAACCUGGACGGUAAAUGAGUUCAGUCUGAAGAAUGUGGACUUCCAUAAGUUCAGCAUGAAUGGGGCAAAUCUCUGUGCACUGGGCAAAGAACGCUUCCUUGACCUGGCACCAGACUUCGUAGGUGACAUCCUCUGGGAGCAUUUAGAGAUGCUGCAGAAAGAAGACCCGAAGCAUUUCCCUGUCAACGGUCUGACCUCCAGCUUUCAGGAAUCCCGCUACCCCUCAGACUACUUUUUCAACUAUGGCAUAGAGCAUCCCCAGUGUGUCCCUCCUUCAGAAUACUCAGAGCCAAGCUUCAUAACAGAGACUUACCAGACCCUUCACCCAAUUAGCUCAGAAGACCUGCUGUCACUCAAAUAUGAGAGCGAGUAUCCAAAUGUUAUCCUGCGGGACACACCUCUCAAUCCUCUGCAGGGAGAUUACUUUUCAGUCAAACAGGAAGUUGUGUCACCUGACAAUAUGUGUGUGGGCCGCAUUAGCAGAGGAAAGCUGGGAGGUCAGGAUUCAUUUGAGAGCAUUGAAAGUUUCGAGAGCUGUGAUAGGCUGACACAGUCCUGGAGCAGUCAGUCAUCGUUCAACAGUCUACAGAGAGUUCCCUCCUAUGACAGCUUCGACUCAGAGGACUACCCUACUGCACUGCAUGGACACAAACCAAAGGGUACCUUCAAAGACUAUGUACGGGAGCGCUCAGACCUCAUCAAGGACAAACCGGUCAUUCCGGCAGCUGCGCUCGCUGGGUACACAGGCAGUGGGCCCAUUCAACUCUGGCAGUUUCUGUUGGAGCUCUUGACAGACAAAUCCUGCCAGUCCUUCAUCAGCUGGACUGGAGAUGGCUGGGAGUUCAAACUCUCUGACCCUGAUGAGGUGGCACGUAGAUGGGGCAAGAGGAAAAACAAGCCCAAGAUGAACUAUGAGAAGUUGAGUCGUGGUCUACGCUACUACUAUGACAAAAACAUCAUCCACAAGACGUCUGGCAAGCGUUACGUCUACCGUUUUGUUUGUGACUUGAAAAGCCUGCUGGGAUACACUCCAGAAGAGCUCCACAACAUGUUAGACGUGAAGCCUGACAUGGAUGAGUAAAGUUUGGACAGGGGAAAGAAGAGAACAGGCUGUAAACCAUCCCUCAAAUACUCUGGAGAAAUGUGGUGCCCAUUUUUCGGGGUCCGGUCACAUUCCAUUUUAACACCUUGUCCUGGUCCAGUCUUGUUUUGAAAUCAUAAUGAACACAGUGACAAAAGCAUCAAAACAUUUAACAAAGUUUAUAAUCUGUAGACUUUGUGCUUCUGUAUUGUUUAGAGUUCUGCGUGGAAGGGAAAACUGUACGUUCAGGUGGAACUGCCUUUUUGACCCAGUAGCACACACACCAGACUGCAAAUGCAGGGCGGGCCAGGAAUGAACAAGGACUUAUUGUAGAUGGACAUUUCAUGGACUGAAAACUUUGGUUAUUAAACAUGUUGCCAAAAUUAGAGACAAAAGGAAUAUCACAGAAAUAUUUACUAUUAAGUUACGUAUUGUUUCUGUCUCCUUGCAUUCUCCUCAUGAGGGUUCUCAGCUGGACCAAAAAAAAAAAAAAAAAACAAUCCUUAAAGAUAUAUAUGUGCCAGUAUUAAUUUGUGUAGAUCACUUGUAUUAAGGUGCUGUUUAAUGUCUAGACAGAGAUUGUGCCGUUUUAUACAUUUUCAUAUGCAGAAGAUGAAGGUUCCUUGAAGUCACACUGUGCUAAGACAUUCCACUCCAUUUGUUUUAAGGUCAUAGUUGGUUAUGGGUUGCUCUUACCACAAUGUCCACAGUUGAAAAUGUUGUUUUUGAGCAACAGACCAUAAUAGAUACCAGAGUCUUGCCCGUUUUCAGUUGAGAGAAAUGUUUCUCAGUCAAACUGAGAGUGAGUGCGAGACACGAAUGAAAGUGGCCGUUGACUGAACAACGGUGACUGUCACUGCACAUGUCUCAACGGCACAUCUGUGGUGAAAAAAAUAAGUGCAUUUGUGACACUUCUAGUGUCAUUUCAUGAGUUAUAGUAGGACAAAAGACAUCAAACAUUUUUUGUCUUGGUUUUUUGGUUUGUACUCUUCAUGAAUACUUUUCCUUUGUCAUUUUAAAGCGUUGCCUUAAUAUAUCACGUGAUAUUAACAUGUUUAUGAACUUACUCUGUAUCUCUGGUAGACUGAAAAGCAUGGGGGUAGGUGACAACUGAAAUGUCAUGUAGCUGGGGCCUCUUGUCAAUUGAAUAGUUGCUGGCAGUGUUAGACAAGCGCUUAGUUAAGAGUUAACUGAAAUGAAAGCCAUAAAAUCUACAAGUUUGAGCAUUCGCAGGAAAAAAGUCAUGAUGUGAGGUAUUUUAACAGUUUUUAGCCAUGGUGAAAAGUACAUACUUUAGCAUGCAUCUUAAGGGUCAGACCCCUGACAAAUGAAGUUUAAAGUCAAAAGUAAGUGUGAUGGAUUUUGCAGUGGCAGUGAAAGCAAUAAAAGAUCAACUGGACAGAGUAUUGUUUUUUCAAGAUGGUUUGAGAAAGUGGCUAUUAACUGUUUAUUGGAUGACGUUAUGCACAUUAGAUACUUAUAUUUAAGAUUAAAAGUACACCAGAUGAUGUUAAUACUUUUUCGGCAGCUUUAGAAACAUGAUGGCAUGGAUGAUGAUCUGAUAGCAUGGUUAGCGGAAGGCAUCAUCAUAAACAAGAUUUAAAUGCACAGUCUAAAAAUGGGAAUAAGCAGUUUCGUAAUGGUUCAUUUAGAUGCAGUGUUAUGGACUAUUUUAGUCAUCGCAGGGUGUAACUUUAAAAUCUGAAUUUACAUUACAGUGUCCUUCAAAUUGCAUAAAUAGUGAAUUAUAGUUAUGAAAAACAUACUUUACUGCACAUUUGGUGUGAUAACACAUGAAUAUUGUAAUCAGUUACAUUAAUGUGCAACAUGGACACUGUAAUGUAUAGUGUAAACCAAUAUUUGCAUUACUUUUAAAAAGUGAAAUAGACAAUAUGUGAAUGGCAGUAAGUUGUAUUUCGUGCUGGCUUUUCUAAUUCAGCAUGGCAUUUCGACUGUGUCACUGUGUGGGAAGGGUCUCGUACACAAGACCUUGUGGGAAAAGCCAGAGUAAAGAAAGUUUUUCUAAGAAAACAAAUGUUAUUGUUUACAGUGGCAGAAUGCUACCCGUCCAGAUUGGUGUAGCUUAGAAUUGUGUAUUUUUACAGAUAACAUUUCCUAAAAUUGCAAGAUUCAAAAAUAAGCCAGAGACAGAGUUGUAGUCAUUUCCAAACUCAUGAGAUGUAUGUGAGAAUGUGUUUUGCAGAAGAGCAGAGAAUGCAUAUCUUUUGAAUUCAGUGAAAGUUUGCCAUACUGUACCUGCCACCAAAUGGGUUAUGUCACCUGAACAAGCAGUUUAUAUUGCUAAAGUGUCUCACUGGAAUAACAACAGAGCUUAUUUACAGCAGUUGGGCAAGGCAGCAUACUUUUGUUAACCCUCACAGUGAUGUUACCUGACAUAUUAUUAAACCACACAUCAGAACGGCAGCGAUAUGUUUCAUGGAAACAUGACAUUCUUACUUUUUUCUUUCUUUUGAAGAGUCAAGAUCAUAAUGCAGUUAUGUCCCAAAUAUAUGAUUGUAAUAAUUGCAAAAGUGAUGUAUUUGUGUGAAAAUGCACACUUUUGGCAGACGCAUACAUGCAUAAACAUAUUGGUGUGCUUUUUGUAUUAUUUCCCCACAAUUUUGCCUUAUUUUGUAUAUUUUAUAUUUCUGUAUUUUUUUGUUAAAUGAGAAUUUUAAUGUAUUUAGUUCGGAAACAUUUGAUAUUUUUCAAUAAUUUAUAUUUUAUAACUUUGAAAUAUGAGAUGCAGACAGCUGGUGCUUUCAUGGGAAAAUUACGGUAGCGCAGGACAAAAUGUAGCGAAUUGUCUUUUAUAUGAAAAAGAAGAAAAAAAGAAAAAAGUUGAAUUUGAGGAAUUAAAAAACCUGUCUGCUUAUACAGUUCUGUAUAGAUAAAGGCUGAUGCUGGCCCAUCAUUAUGUUCCGCUGGAGAGUUUUAUAAACAGUAGCUUCUAUUUCUUAUUGUACUUUAAAUUGUUAUGCUAUAAAAGUAUACGUGGAUAAAA